CGGAGGCAGCCGCGGGAGCGGGGGGCGGCUCUGGCUGGGCACCGCGCUGGCACUGAGCGCUCCGCGGGGAGGAGGAGGAUGCUGCUGCCGCUCGGGCUCCUGGCAGUCCUGCCAGCAUGUCUGUUUUCGGUGAAGGUGUCUCCACUCAUAGAAAAAAUUAGUGACCACAAGGAUUUCAAGAAGCUCCUCAGGACACGGAAUAACGUAUUAGUGCUCUAUUCCAAAUCUGCUGCCGCAGCUGAAAAUCCACUCAGGUUCCUGUCCGACGUGGCCCAAGAGGUGAAAGGACGAGGUACUAUAGCCUGGAUCGAUUGCGGUGAUACGGAAAGCCGAAAAGUAUGCAAGAAGAUGAAAGCAGAUCCUAAUUCAAAGGAGAAAGGGGUGGAAUUAUUGCAUUAUAAGGAUGGUGUAUUUCAUACUGAAUAUAACCGAGCUGUCACACUGAAGUCAGUGGUGGCCUUUCUAAAGGAUCCAGAAGGAGCUCCGUUGUGGGAAGAGGAUCCUGAAGCCAAAGAUGUUGUGCAUGUGGACAGUGAAAAGGAAUUCAGAAGACUUCUAAAGAAAGAAGACAGACCUCUUCUGAUGAUGUUCUAUGCCCCAUGGUGUGGUGUCUGUAAGAGAAUGAUGCCAUCUUACCAGCAGGCAGCCACAGAACUGAAAGGCACAUAUGUACUUGCAGGGAUGAACGUCCACUCCACGGAAUUUGAAAAGAUAAAGGAGGACUACAAUGUCCGGGGAUACCCUACCAUCUGCUACUUUGAGAAAGGAAAGUUCCUGUUCCACUAUGAGAACUAUGGGGCUACUGCUAAGGAUAUAGCAGAGUGGCUGCAAAAUCCCCAGCCGCCUCAGCCUCAGGCCCCGGAGACUCCCUGGGCAGAUGAGGAGAAUGCUGUUUAUCAUCUGACGGAUGAAGACUUUGACAAGUUUAUAAAGGAGCAUUCGUCUGUACUAGUGAUGUUCCACGCACCAUGGUGCGGGCACUGUAAGAAGAUGAAGCCAGAGUAUGAGAUGGCCGCAGAGAUGCUGCACGUAACCAGUGAUAGUCCUGGUGUCCUUGCAGCCGUUGAUGCUACUGUCAACAAGGCUGUGGCAGAAAGAUUUCACAUCUCAGGGUUCCCUACGUUGAAGUACUUUCAGGAUGGAGAGGAGAAGUACACUCUGCCGCAGCUCAGAACUAAGAAGAAGAUCGUUGACUGGCUGCAAAACCCGCAAGCGCCACCUCCACCUGAACUGGCUUGGGAAGAAAAGCUAACAAAUGUUAUCCAUCUAGCCGGAGAAGACUUCAGAGAGUCUUUAAAGAAGAAGAAGCAUGCUCUUGUCAUGUUCUAUGCCCCAUGGUGUCCACACUGUAAAAAUUCCAUCCCACAUUUCACAACUGCUGCAGAACUCUUUAAAGAAGAUCGAAAGAUAGCUUAUGCUGCAGUGGACUGUGCCAAAGAACAGAACCAUGAUCUGUGUAAACAGGAAGGUGUGGAUGGUUACCCCACCUUUAACUAUACAACUAUGGGAAGUUUGUAGAAAAAUAUAACGGAGAGAGAGGGGAGUCUGGAUUUGCCACUUUCAUGCGAACCCUUAGAGAAAGAGACCAUGAAAGGGUAGGGAAGAAAAAGGAGGAACUGUAAUUUCUGCCUCAAAGACAUUUUCCACUGCACUGUGAAUGGUCCCAGGCCCUUGUUACUGCGCCUGAGAUUUCACAUAUUCUAAAGACAGAGACUUAAAAAAAAACAAAAACAAAAAAAACCAAACCAGCCAUGGCCAUUUUGUACAAUUUUGAAAUAAAGUGAAACUACUUGAUUUUUAAAGGAAAACAGAUUGUUGCCAUAUUCUGUUUAAAAACUAGCAUUUUUCUCAUGAUGUGAGAAUAUGCCCAUCAACACUCCUAUGCAAUAUUUUUGUAAUCUUUAGUGUGUGUUUAGGUGAAGAUAUUUGAUAAGGUGAUUCUGCAUUUUUUCUUUUGAAGGGUUUUACAAUUCAUGUAAUAACUUGUUUGUUUGUUUUUUUAAAUCAGUGGAGGAAAAUGGGACUUUAGAAACAUAAAAAUCUGUUCAAAUGCAGUUUUGCAUUUUUGUGAAAAUAGAUACAUGUUCUUCAGAGAUGUUUGGGGGGGGGGAAACAAUUUUAAGGUGCUCAGGGAUAAAUAGGAAAUUGAGUUAAUGAAGGACAUUAGCAUCGACCAUUCCAGAUCUAACUGAUUUCACGUUUAAUCGCCGUCUGAACCAGAACUGUUUACAAAUUUUUAUAGAAUGUAUUGAGUCUUUUAAACAAAGUUGUCAAAAAUCAGCACAGCAUAGUUUAAGUUCAGAAUCAGUCUCAUUUUUCAGCAUUUAUGUCAUCAAAUGCCCCUGCAAAUAUGGGAGCAAAAUGUAGUCUGUCUUUUUGUAAAUUAUGUUUAGGCCAUAUGAAAUGCAUAUUGAAAAGCAGAAUAUUUGAUUGUAUGUCUGACAGAUGUGUAAUAUUUUUAAUAUGCAGAAAUUACAUGCAAGACAAUUUGUUUACAUUCCACAUGCUUGUCCGUAUUGUUUGUUAAAUAAAAAUUAAAAAAUGGAGUUCUAGCAUUAAAACAAUUUCUUUAGCAGUCAUGUUAAAGACUGUAAAUCACUAUAAACAAAUACAGCAUUACUAGAGAGAGUGCUUUAAAAAUUUGCGAUUGUGCUGUUCAUGCUACAAAGUUAAAUUCAUCUGGAGGUACCUGUAAUGUCUUCAUAGAAUGGGGAUUUUUAAGAUUCAUUUUGACCUAAAAAUAAAUCAAUAAAAAAUUGAAAAUUG